UGGCGACCCAUUCCGAUGCACAAGGACUCACCACCACGAUGAGCUGGAGGGAGGUUAAAGUAUUGGAUGCCACCAGUUUCCUUCUUUCACCUUUAUUGAGGUAGCUCCUUAACCUGCAGCCCCUCUGACCAUCGCGUUGGCAAAGACCUGCAGGCCAUGAGGACUGGUCAAAGACGGUGAGAGGACGUGAAAGGGUAAACCCCUGUGCCCGCAGUCCUAUCUCCCGCCCCGGCGUCCCUGCACACCGGCCAGAGGGUUAGUCGUAAGCGGGUGCCCGUAUGGCCGCCUUACUGAUGCCACGCAGGAACAAAGGGAUGAGGACUCGACUGGGAUGCCUGUCUCACAAGUCAGACUCGUGUAGUGAUUUCACGGCGAUUCUUCCUGACAAGCCCAACCGAGCUCUGAAGAGACUUUCCACGGAAGAAGCCACGAGGUGGGCCGAUUCCUUUGACGUGCUUCUCUCCCACAAGUACGGGGUGGCUGCCUUCCGCGCCUUCCUGAAGACGGAGUUCAGCGAGGAGAACCUGGAGUUCUGGCUGGCCUGCGAGGAGUUCAAGAAGACCCGGUCAACUGCAAAGCUGGUCUCCAAGGCCCACAGGAUCUUCGAGGAGUUUGUGGACGUGCAGGCUCCGAGGGAGGUCAACAUCGAUUUCCAGACCCGAGAGGCCACGAGGAAGAACAUGCAAGAGCCAUCCCUGACUUGCUUUGACCAAGCCCAGGGGAAAGUACACAGCCUCAUGGAGAAAGACUCGUACCCCAGGUUCCUGAGGUCCAAAAUGUACUCAGAUCUGCUUUCCCAAAGCCAGAGGAGGCUCAGCUAGACCUCACAUGGGGACUCUUGGAGAUCACCGGCUUCCUCUGCCCCUUGCUGCCAAGCCUAUAUUCUAAUGUGAAAUGUCCUAGAUAUUCAAAAGCAGUGGUGUCUAGGCUGGGAGGCUGGGUGAGGAGGGGAUGAAGGGUCAUUCCAAAGUGUAAUUCAGUCACCAGAACUGGGUUCUAGCUCAUUCACCCCUGUUUGUGUUUUGGUUAGUGGUAGCACCUGGCUGCAGUCACCCUUCUCUGGGUCAGCACCUUGCCCUCCAUAAUGCCUUGGGUCAUCCCCACUGAGAAGGCAGGUUCCCUAGGCCAGGCUAGUCUGUAAAUAACACAAAUUCAGUCUCCAUCCCUCCCACACCCUUUCAGUUAGGGUUCCUGGCACUCAAACUUGUCCUAUACCCCUGUGAGGAACAGUAAGAAGACUGACUCAUAUCUUUAAUUUGCUAGACCCAGGUGCUGGGACCUCAGAGUGUGGGAGAGAGGUCUCUGUGGAGUCCUGGGUCUCUAGCACGAUUGUUGACAGGUGGCCGCUGGGAGAAGGGGUCAACUCCAUGGAGUUGGUUGUUCCUUCCAUUUCCAGGACCAGUGUGAAAAGCGGUGCCCACUGCCCAUCUUAGUCCAGGAAAUUCACAAGACUCUCCUGCCCUUGCAAGACCCUUCCAGAAAGGGUCUUGGGAACCGUCCUUCAUGAUUUCUGAUGGGGAGCUGCUACUAAGAAAGACAUAGCUUGCAGAUCUUCCUAAAUUCUACCAAGAAGUUUCCUGAAGUUGAACCCACCAGGAAAUGUAACACCAGUAGAACUUUGUGCAGUGAGGCACCAUGUAACCUUUCUGCUGCUUAAUGUACUCUCUGCCCUCACCUCAUCAUAGAUCACCCAUCUCUUAGAAUGACAGACAACAGCUUGGCAAAGGGAGGUGAAUUCCCAUAGCACGGACAGCUCUCACAGUGCCUACUACUCUCCCUGUCUCUCUCUGCCCCCCCCUUCCAUGCAGGUCAUGUAAUUAUGACGGGGGAGAAUGGGACCUUAGGCCAUAACUCUUUUCCCAGCUUGCUUCCUGGGAGCAUGCUUUCUUAGAAUGGUCCUUCUCAUGAGGGCCACCUUGGCUAUUCAACAGCUUCCUUCUUGAUCGCUGACCUUUCGGGAUUGAACAUGAGGCUAAGAAGAUCACUGUGAACAUUUGGUUGUGGAGAACCUUCCUAAAAUGCUCUCAUGGUACUGGGGCUGCUCUUGGAAAUACGCCAGGAAACUCUUUCUUGGAGUAUGAGCAAGGCACGUGGCACCUACUCCAGCUGCCCAGGAAAAAGCUGACUUUGGCACAAGACUGCAGUGCCGAGGGGAUGAAUCCUCAGCAGAGAGACCAGAAAUUGAUAGAGGGCCCUGGAAGAGGCUGGUCUCUGGGUGAACUGAAGCGCAGAGCAUGUGGCGAAGGAGCUCUCGGGAUCAUUCAAAGCUGAUGGAUUGGAGGCAUGGCAGAUGCGCAGAACUUUCAGCGUGACUACAUGGAACAGCAUCUGAUAAGGCAUAAGCUCUGGAGAGCAGCUGAUAGAGAAGCUUUCUCCUCUCGUGGGGUGAUGGGCCUUUUUAGACCCGUGGCGGUUCCAGUGUUUGGAUUCCUGUCCAGAGCUUCACCAGUCCCUUCCUUCCUUGGCUACAGCUAGACAGGCCAGGAAGGCGCUCAAGCUCCACUUGUGUUGGGUCCACGGACUUGCCACGGUUCAUCACCUCCACGAAUGAGCAUCGGCGUGUCUGCCUGGACCACCACGGAGAAGGAGAUCACAUGCCUCCAGCUUUCACACUGAGGAGACCGGUGGGAUUUCAUGUUCGAGCGCUCUGAAACCUCAAAUGGGUGUUCCUAGUUAGAGCAGCUGGUGGUCCUCUGCCCCCGCUGGUAAAAACCAUCCUUAGCUAAAGCUGCCAGAAUUAACGUAAUGAUCAAAUUCUUGAACAGGGUAUUUUAAACAUUGUUUACAUAUGAAACGGGCAUCUGCUGCCAACUCUACUGUCCAGGGUAAGCCCACAGGAACCGGAACAGCACGCAGUGGUGAAAAUCUGGACCGUCCUAAGAGGGGCCUCUGUACCACGUCCACCAUCCCCGGGAGGAAAGUCCAAACACGAGUGUCGUGUGGUGGCCGCAGUGGGGCCCUCGAGUUCUUUCCAGCUGUUGGUGGAAGAAGGUUGCUGGUGAUGGUGUCGUGGCGCCUGGUGACUUCUUCCCACGAUGGGGAGGCAUGAAGGACCAAGCCUUGGUACCCUGCAUUUUGCUGCUCAGCGAGGGUAUGUGGGCGUGUGUAGAGAAACGUGACAGCUAGAUUUAUGGCACUCCCAUGGAGUGUGCGUGUGGGUGACAACUGUGAGCAUUAGCCCAGGAAACACAGGUGAGCUUCCCAUGGGAUGGAGCUGUUCUCACACCUUUCUGUCCUGCCUCCCACAGAAGGCACGGAGCUCUGUGCUCUCGUGCCCCCCUCCAGGCACUUUGGUCAUGCCAACCCAGAUUUUGGUCUGUGACAAAACAAAGAGACAUGUUUACAACAUCUAGAGCAAUAUCCAAGCAUACCUCAUCCCAACCUUGCACCUCCCCGGACCCACCUGCUCUCCCAUUUGCUCUUCCACAAGCCCUCACUGCCUCGCUAGGUGGCGCCCCCAGGGCCACGUCUUCCAUCUCCCGUCUUCCUUGGCUCCUCCGGCGCUUGUGCGGGGGACUGACGGCCUCCGGGCUCGAGGCUCGCUCUGUGCCUGGGAACCUGGAGGGCCCAGGGCGAGCCAGGGCAGUGGGCCAGGCAGAUCUACGACUUUGAGGACUGUUUCUCAUCGCGAGUGGCCAACUGUUUGGGGGCUGGUGUGGGAUUUCCUGUUGCCCUUGGCAAACCAAAUAGAACAUGAUCAGUGACAGCCAUUCACAGCCCUGGGCACCUCUGGGGUGAGGGAGGGCCCUCUGAGCAGUAUUUAUUAUUAAAUUUGAGCGUCAAGAAACCUGCCUACCCUGGAAAGUCUGUUACGAGAGUUAAUUCUCAGGUUCCACAUCCAGAGAUGCUGACCCAAUAGACCUGGGGUGGGACCCAGAAGUCUUCAUUUUAAAUAAGCUCCUAGUGAGUAGUGGACCACACUGUGAAAAAGAUGGUCUAAGACAGUGGUCUCAGACGGUGGCUCUCACCCUUGGCUGCCCAUUGCGGUGACCUGGGGAGUUUUAAAAACCCAAAUGUCCAGGUCUCACCCCAGAGCAGCUUGGCCUUGGGACCCCGGGCAUUAGUCGGUGUUUAAAGCCUCCCAGGUGAUUCCAAUGUACAGGUGAGGCUAGGAAGCACGGGCCUGAGGAGCGAGGAGGAACAGCUGAGCAGAAAACACCACCGUGGGCACACCCAGCCGCAAAUAAGCACAGUGACCAGGAACCUGCCGGUCCUGAGUCUGACUGAUGGGGUGGCGACCUCUGUGCCCUUUCAGUCCUUCUUCCUCCUUUGAGAUGCAAAUAUGUUUCUGCCCCAGCGACACGCACAGCUGGGCAGCAGGCAUGCCAGAAGUGGGGGCAGAGGGAGACUCGGUUAAGAGUGGUGUUGCCACACCUCCCAGUCUUGUCCACAGGCUUCCUCCAGGCUGGCCUCUUGGGCUGUUUCUCCUGUCAGUUUUCAUGCAUUCUCGUGUUUGGCCAUCUUGUGUUAGACGUGCCUCCGUCCCCAAGGCCAUGCGACCUGGUAGUUGGAACUCAGGCAGUGGGUGAAGGUUGGUAGUAAUAAUAGCGGUAGCACAAUAACUUCAGACCCCUUGAAGGAGGGUGUCGCCUCCUGGGAAUGUCAGGCUCCCGGAGGCUUUCUUGUCCGGGGCCACACUGGGCUUUCAGUUCCUCUUGGAGGUGUCACUGUUCCCUCUGGUCUCAGGCGGGUGGGCACCUGGAAGGUUCCUAGUUCAUCUUACUUUCUGGCUCUCCCCAGAACUUAUUGCCCUGAAUCAACCGAAGCUGUGAGGUGUGUCCCGCCCGGGCUGCGGGCACCUGUCCUCGGCAGGGCCGGGCCAGGGUCCGGGUUCUCGAGGCGCUGGGCCAUGGGGCAAAGCUGUGAACCCUUUGCACUGAGAGUCUGGGUGAGGGUGGGCCUGGGGAGACUAGGGAAGAGGGCAGGGCACACAAGUAGCAAAUGUGGGGUCUGCUUCUCCAUGAGCCCGAGGGAGAGGUGAUAAGAGGCACCUCCUCAGAGGCAGGAGGGUCUCCCAGCCACAAGAGCGCCCAGAAUUCUCCUGACCCUGCCUGUGCCCACGUCCAAGCAAGGCAGAGGAAUUCCAAUUUUCCACCCGAGGCUGCCCUUGAAUUGGCCAUGUCAAUCCUCUUUAAAUCUGUCCCUCUGGCUUGGAAGCAAGAGAGGUGGCCAAGUCACCCUGGUGUCAAGAGCCUGUGCUACUAGGCAUGAGACUGGAGGAAGAAGCCCAGAGCAGAGACAGCUUCCUGUCCCCACGGCCUCUCAGGACUCCAAUUUGAUGCUGUGGACCAAAUGGGAGACUGCAGGAUGGGGCCGCUAGCCUCCCCAGGUCCGGGGGCCGGGUCCUCUCAAUACACUGUCUCCUUCUUGAUUCUUACUCCCUUUGCCCCUUCUGCCGAGUGCAGAGAAGGCGACUGGUUUCGGUGUGCCCUGCAACCACGGCAGCCAGAGUCACGGGGUGUGCACGACACAUUGUAGCAGCUCAUCUGCCACAUACAGCGCUUGGCUGAUGGCGUCCUCAUUGAGUCGUUUCAUUACUGUGCAGAGUGGAACAAUGCCA